UCGGUGUUCUUUUCAGGUGGCUCUGCAGAUCGCUCCUCCCUGUACCAGUGAGCGGCAUUAUGAGCAUCUGGGACGGUGCUGUAACAAAUGUGAACCAGCUACAGUUAUUUCUUGGAUGUGCAGAACCAAGAUCCAGUGAUUGUCAAGUGUGUGUUGGGAAAGUACAUGUCUUCUAAAUGCACUACUACCUCUGACAGUGUAUGUCUGCCCUGUGGCCCGGAUGAAUACUUGGAUACCUGGAAUGAAGAAGAUAAAUGCUUGCUGCAUAAAGUUUGUGAUACAGGCAAGGCCCUGGUGGCCGUGGACGCCGGCAACAGCACGGCCCCCCGGCGCUGCGCCUGCACGGCUGGGUACCACUGGAGCCAGGAUUGCGAGUGCUGCCGCCGCAACACCGAGUGCGCGCCGGGCCUGGGCGCCCAGCACCCGUUGCAGCUCAACAAGGACACGGUGUGCAAACCUUGCCUUGCAGGCUACUUCUCAGACGCCUUCUCCUCCACGGACAAAUGCAGACCCUGGACCAACUGUACCUCCCUUGGAAAGACGGUAGAACAUCAUGGGACAGAGAAAUCCGAUGUGGUUUGCAGUUCUUCUCUGCCAUCUAGAAAACCACCAAAUGAACCCCAGGUUUACUUGCCCGGUUUAAUAAUUCUGCUUCUUUUCACGUCUGUGGCCCUAGUGGCUGCCAUCAUCUUUGGCGUUUGCUAUAGGAAAAAAGGGAAAGCACUCACAGCUAAUUUGUGGCACUGGAUCAAUGAGGCUUGUGGCCGCCUAAGUGGAGAUAAGGAGUCCUCAGGCGACAGUUGUGUCAGUCCACACACGGCAGCCUUUGGUCAACAGGGAGUGUGUGAAGGUGUCUUACUGCUGACUCUGGAGAAGACAUUUCCAGAAGAUAUGUGCUCCCCAGAUCAAGGUGGUGUCUGUCAGGGCACGUGUGUAGGAGGUGGUCCCUACGCACAAGGCGAAGAUGCCAGGAUACUCUCAUUGGUCAGCGAGACCGAGACAGAGGAAGACCGCUUCAGACAGGUGCCCACGGAAGAUGAAUACAUGGACAGGCCCUCCCAGCCCGCAGACCGUUUACUGUUCCUCACUGAGCCUGGAAGCAAAUCCACACCUCCUUUCUCUGAACCCCUGGAGGUAGGGGAGAAUGACAGUUUAAGCCAGUGCUUCACAGGGACACAGAGCACAGUGGGUUCAGAAAGCUGCAGCUGCACUGAGCCCCUGUGCGGGACUGAUUGGAUUCCCAUGUCCUCUGAAAACUACUUACAAAAAGAGGUGGACGGUGGCCAUUGCCCGCACUGGGCAGCCAGUCCCAGCCCUAACUGGGCAGAUGUCUGCACAGGCUGCCGGAACCCUCCUGGGGAGGACUGUGAACCCCUCGUGGGUUCCCCGAAACGUGGACCCUUGCCCCAGUGUGCCUAUGGCAUGGGCCUUCCCCAUGAAGAAGCAGCCGGCAGGACAGAGGCCAGAGACCAGCCCGAGAACGGGACUGAUGGGAGGCUCCCAAGCUCGGCAAGGGCAGGCGCCGGGUCUGGAAGCUCCCCUGGUGGCCAGGCCCCUGCAUCUGGAAAUGUGACUGGAAACAGUAACUCCACGUUCAUCUCCAGCGGGCAGGUGAUGAACUUCAAGGGCGACAUCAUUGUGGUCUACGUCAGCCAGACCUCGCAGGAGGGCGCUGCGGCGGCGGCGGAGCCCGUGGGCCGCCCGGUGCAGGAGGAGACCCUGGCGCGCCGCGACUCCUUCGCGGGGAACGGCCCACGCUUCCCGGACCCGUGCGGCGGCCCCGAGGGGCUGCGGGAGCCGGAGAAGGCCUCGCGACCGGUGCAGGAGGAGGGCGGGGCCAAGGCUUGAGCGCCCCCCAUGGCCCCAGCGCCGACCACCCAGGGAUCGAUCGGUACAGUCGAAGAAGACCACCGGGCGUUCUCCGCCCACCUUGCCCUCCAGGAAAUGGGCUUUUCAGCAAGUGAAUUGAUGAGGACUCUCCCCAGGCCCACGGAUGCUCAGCAGCUCCCCUGCACUGGGGCAGAUGCCUCUCCUGCCGCCCCUCAAACUCGCAGCAGUAAUUUGUGGCACUAUGACAGCUAUUUUUAUGACUAUCCUCUUCUGUGGGGGGAGGGGGGGUCUGUGUUUUCCCCCCAUAUUUGUAUUCCUUUUCAUAACUUUUCUUGAUAUCUUUUCCCCCUCUUUUUUAAUUUAAAAGUUUUCUCAAAAAUUAUCCUAAAGGUGAGGGUCUCUUUCUUUUCUUUUGCGUUUUUUUUGUUUUUGUGUUUUUGUUUUUGUUUUUGUUUUGGCAAC